AUGAAUUUAAGUCAAUUAUCUGGUGAAUAAAGUUCAGAUGAUAGUGAUGAAUCACCAUAACAAAUUUUAAAGCAUAGAUAAAGAAAACAACUUUCAGAGAUUGAUGUUCUUAUUGCUACAUUAUAAAUUGAACCAAAAUAAAGAACUUGGCAACAAUUAAAGUUUCUUUGUGAUACCCUUGAAUAAAAUGUCCAUUAUUUUUCUUAAUUACGUAAUAAGCUUACAACUUAAAUCCUAAUCAAAUUGAUGGUUACCAUCUCAAUAGAAUAAUUUAAUACAUUUAAUGUAGUUUUUAAUUAGGGAGAAACUGGAAGAAAGAUGUAUAUCAUAUUAAAAGGAGAGGUAGCUGUGCUUAUAAAGACAGAUGAUUAAAAUGAGAUAGUUCUAAAAGAGGAUAAUAAAAGAAGAAGUAUAAUCAUAAAUUAAUUUAGGGGGUACAAAGACAUUCGAUGAAUUGAUAUUACAUAGGUUUUCAAACUAUAGAAUUGUAGCCUAUAAAAAAUAAUAUGAUUAUUUUGGAGAGAUAGCAAUUGAAUAAAGGAUUCCUCGCACAGCUACAGUAAUUGCCAAAGAGCCUUGUACUUUGGCAAUAAUAACUUUUGAUGCCUAUUAAUCAUUACUGAGUGAAUUAUAGGCUGAUAAUUUAUAAUUGAGACAAGUAGUAAUAGCUAGAAUGUAUCCAUUUAGUUUAUUGAAUGAAUAACAGUUUUAAUAGAUUUUACACAAUUAUGAAGAACUCAAUAUACAAGGAGGAUGUUUGUUAUAUAGAGAACAAUAAAAUGCAGAUGCAUUAUAUCUGGUGAUUAAGGGAGAAGUGUUAGUCUAGAUUAAAGAAUUAGUUGAUAAUGCUGCAGCUUAGAUUCAAGAAUAGAAAUAUUUUGUAAAUUUCUAAAAGUAAUAGAGAAUCAAGAAUAUUGGAUUAUUUGGAACAGGGCAAAUUGUUGGAGAUUAUGAAUUGUAUUUACAUAAGAAAUACAAACAUAAGUUGAUAAGAAGAACAAUAUCAAUAGUUAAAAGUGAUUCUAAAAUUAUAAGGAUUCCAAUUAAAUAAUUUUUAGAUGUAAUAGAACAUGGAUUAUCAGCAAAAUGGUUGUUACGUUAUUUAAAUGAGAAGUAUGAAUAGAAGGAAUAAUUACCUAUAUUAUAAUUGAAAGAUGAAUAAGAGAAUAGAAAAGUCUAGUCAUUUAUAUCUCCUCAAUUCAAAAAAAUGAUACUUCGUUUAAAAAAAAAUCAUGAUCAUAAUAAAAUAUCAAGUGAUCGAUACUAAUAGGUUAAUUAUAAACAAAGUUUUGAAGAUGGUAUUACAGAUGAAUAAUUUACUGGAUUAAAGAAGGAAAUUAAUUAUUAAGACAAAUCAGUGCUUAAAUAUUUAGCAAAGGAUCAAAUCUUACAGAAAAGAAAGAGCAAUACUCUUACUGGAUUUAGUAUUGAGAAGUUUGCCUCAACUUUAAAAUCAAGGAUUAAGUUUACUAAAUUGUUAACUCAAAUAGAUGAAGAGUCAACUUGUUAUAGGUUUCAUUCUACUCCAACUAAAACAAAUGGAUUUUCAUUUAAAUAGGCUUAAACUCUUACUAAUAUUCAAACUACAUCAUAUAAAUUCAACUAAACAUUUAAUUUGAAUUGA